UGGGUGCAAACCAACCCGCGCUCGAAGGAGGGGUAAACGCGCGUAAGAAUUUACGGCCAUUUAGUUGUUCGUUCACUCUCCUGCGCGCAACAUGGGAGGAAGGAUUUUAUCAUUAAUCUUCUGUAUCGGGGUAACCCAGGCCCAGCUUGUAGAUGAUUUCAAGUGUCCGGAUAGUUUUGCUGGAUACUAUCCUCAUUUAUACAGUUGUGACAAAUACUGGUAUUGUGAGGAAGGGGUUGCAGAGCUGAAAACUUGUGGAAAUGGUCUCGGAUUUAUUGAUACAGAUCCAACCUUCACCCUGGAGCAGUGUGCUGAGCUCCAUCUUGUAGAGUGCGGAGAGAGAACUGAGCUUGAACCUCCAAUUUCAACCCAGAACUGUCCCAGACUCUACGGUACAUUUGCAGAUGAGAUAAGCUGCAGUGUAUUCUGGAAGUGCUUGGAUGGAAAAGCCAACAGAUAUGAGUGUCCCCCAGGCCUGGCAUAUGAUUCUGUGGAUCGUGGAUGCAAAUGGGCAGAUCAGGUUCCAGAGUGCAAGAGUGUUGUUAUCGCUGUAGAAGGAGAAGCUGAGGAGUUUAAGUGUCCUUCAGGAGGAGCCAUCGGAGCAUUCACCAAGCAUGCUCAUCCUGCAGACUGUAGACAGUACUUUGUUUGUAUUGGUGGAGUACCCAGAGAAUAUGGAUGUCCUUUGGGAACUGUUUUCUCUCUCGGCUCCGACGUUUACUCUGGAAAGUGUGCAGACCCUGAGGAGGUUGAAGAAUGUAAGAACUAUUAUGGAGAUAUCAAGUUUGACAAUGUUGAACUGUCCAAGGCUGGAUUUGAUACCGGAGCUCUACCUGAAAGAGUAAGAUCUGGAUCCGCAAACCUUGUCAGAAACUCUGUUAACCGUGAGUCUGCUCCUCUGCAAAACCGUGUUGCUCCUGAAGAAGUGAAGCGUAGACCUGCUCCUGCUUCUCUUCAAUCCAUAGUUGAUGAGAUCAAGGAGGAGGAGAUUGAAGAACCAGCAAGACCAGCUUUCCGUCCUAGACCCAGACCAAGCAAACCCAGGCCAAGCUUUAGAGAGCCUGAACCCAGCCCGGCGCAAGAGGAAAUCUUUGAGCCUGUUCUCAUCCCUGAGAUUCAAACAGAAGUCCCUGCCACAUCCCCUCCAAGGAUUCAGGUUCUCACCGACAGACCCAGAACAACCUUUCCUCGGAGACAGGAAACCACAUUCCCUGUAACCAACCGUCCCUUCACUGCUGUAUUCUCUAGCGAGGAUACUCUCCCUCCUCUACAAGCCACUACUCAGGAACCUUCUCCAGUCACAAAUAGCGAUAAUCUACCUAUAUCUGCUCCCGCAUCUCCAGGUCCUAACGGAGAAGAAUAUUAUUAUUAUUAUUACUAUGAUGAGAAUGAGGCGGAGGAGCCAGAACAGUAAACCCUGUAUAUGUAAACUAGCUGAUGAGUAGGUUGUAUUAGACAACCCUGAUAAACAAUGUUACAGUUGUAAAUUCAAUCUGAGCUUGCUCCUACUAUUCUCUUAUACAUUCUCUUAAAUUAUUAAACUUCACUUAUUUAUGUUUAUUCGAGAAAUAAAUAAAAAAAACUUGUUAA